GAACAUCACAUCAAGUAUUAGCUGAAUAAAAGACUGAAAAGCAGAGUGAAGCCAUUUUAGAGAUGAGAUCAUAUUGUUUCUCUGGAUCUAACUCUGGUUGUAGCUGUUUAAAUCUUCUAUGGAAAAACUAUGGAACCAAACUGCUAGACAGACAGCCCAGCUGGUAAUGGUGCCUGCUACCAAACCAGACUACCAGAUUUCAGUUCUGGGGCCUCACACAGUGAAAGGAGGAACCAGCUGCCAUAAUUUGUCCUCUGGCUUCCACAUGUGUGCUGUGUAAGUGGUGUUUACAGGCAUGGGAGUGUAUAUGGACACAUAUCAAUAAUCUUUAUGCAUCAACAUUUUCUUUGUCUUUCAAAGCUGAGUGCACAGCUAUGGACUGUUAGGUGUGAAUGUCUCAUUCAGUUAUUUUCUUACACGGGGAGAUUUGCUUUUCUCUCUAGAUCUACUGCCAUGCAUGUCUCUACUUUGAAGAUAAGCCACUUCCAAAAAUUGUAAUAUAUGUUCACAAUGAAUGUCCCCUUGACAUUCUUUUUUCUUCAUUUAUAGCUCAGGCCAACAUGGUUUUUUUUCUCCCAAUCAAGCACACCCUUUAUCUCUUUUCAUCCUUCUAUACAACCUCCUAGAUUCCAUUCCUUAAGAAAAAGCUCUGUUUUUACUAGUUUCAUUGGAUUCUCUUGGCCAGGAGAGGUUAAUGUUUGACCUAAAUGCCGAGUUCUAGAUUCCCCACAUCUAGUUCUUCUACUUUCCCAGUUUUACUUUUCCUUUCACAGUCUCUAGAUCUUUUCAUAUCUAUGGCUAACCACACUCACCUCCCGCAAAAAUGCAAGCAAGACAAGAUUAAUGGAGUCCACUGUGUGAUUUCCCAGUGAUGUUCAUGUUGCAUUGAUUGAUCAUAUUCUUUUCUAUCUUAUGAAACCCUUUUUGUUUAUAUUUCGUGAAUAACCUGAAAGAAAUUUUUCUCCAAAAAUCCCUCUUCUGAAAUCAACCCAUAGUAUCUUUAUAUAACUACACUUAGAGUUCAGCAUAUAUAUGUAUGACCUCUUAUAGAUUUUCAAGAUAUUAUAUGUCAUUUAAUUUUUAUUCGUUUAUUCACUCAUUCAUCCAUUCGUCAAACAUUUACUGAGACCUGGUAUUGUUAUUUUGUUAUGGGGUAGGGCAAACAGGUAUAAGAAAUAGACUUGACUUUUAACAAAUUGAUUUUCUACAAGAGAGUUAACUUUUAAGUAAAUUUUGAUUUACAAAUAUAGCAUAAGCAGAAUCACUAGAGAAAAUGUUGAAGAAAACAGUAGCAGUAUGCACUGUGAAGGUGAGUAGGAAAUAUUUCCAGAGGUUUUCUCUUGUAAGGGUAGAUGAUUAUUCAGAACUUGGCAUGUGGCCGAAGCUCCAAAUGUCAUAAAUGAGCUACAUUUUCUGGACUGAAUUUCUCUGAAAAAAAUUCAGUUAUGUAGAAGAGUCUGCAGACUAAUUAGAACUCCCAUGAUUGUAGAGAGUUGGCCGAAGGUCCAUCAUGGCCAAAAUUAUUUGGAACCAUCUUACUCUCUUUAAUAGUUGUUUAUUGUUCUGUAUCUGAUAUAAUACAUCUGCUAUAUAGUGCCUUUCAUUAUUAUGUAAAAGCAUUUCAAAUGUAUUAACUUGACACAUUGUUCUACUAACCACAGGCUAAGGACUGUCUUUUGACAGCAUCUAGUAGACUUCCCAGGUUUGUGUAACUUGCUUACCUGAUGUUCUGUGACUAUAGUUUCUUAAUUAUUUCCACUACUUGGGCCAACUCGAAUCCAUGUUCCUUGGAUUCUAUCGUGGUUUCUCACAUUGAUUCUGAACGUCUGUUUACUCCCUUUGGAGUGCAUGCUGUGCUUUUACUGGUCAGUUUCAAGUAAGCAAAAGCCGAUUUUCUCUAAUGUGUUGACUAAAGGACCAAGUUAAAGAAGCUACUUCAGAAAUAUAGACCCUAAUUUCACAAGUAACAGCAGCAGGCAUUUGCUUUCCACCAGCGUCCACAGGGCAAAUGUUUUGCUCACUGUAUGGGCAGAUACACUAAUUGCAUGCAGCUGGACAAAUCAAAACACUCUCAUUCACAUAUGUGGUCCAUGGGGCUACUUGAUCCAAUAAGAUACUAAGAUGUGCAGGACAGAGAGCAUGCUACACUCACACUCUAAGCAAUGGUUCAAGACUAAUGUAGAAGCCAGGCGCUGACUAUUCUCCAGCUGACUUGAUUAAAGUGCAGAGAGUCUAUGGCUUGGAUGACUUACGUUUCACAUUGGUUUGAGCAAGAUGAUUGGUAUGAAGGACUCCAAAGAGCAACCAUGUCCCAGGUCAGGCAAGUGGGCCUCCUGGCUGCUGGAUGUCAGCCCUGGAACAAAGACGUAUGUGCUGCCAGCGGAGACCGGUUUGCAUACUGCGCAACCCUGGCCAUCUAUAUAUACCAGCUGGAUCACCGUUAUAAUGAAUUCAAACUUCAUGCAAUUAUGUCGGAACAUAAAAAAACAAUCACAGCCAUUUCAUGGUGUCCACAUAACCCUGACUUGUUUGCAAGCAGCAGUACCGAUAACUUAGUGAUCAUUUGGAACGUGGCAGAGCAAAAAGUCAUUGCUAAACUCGACAACAUCAAAGAGACACCUGUCUGCCUCGGCUGGUGCUGGAACACAUAUGAUGCUGUGGCAUUUGUUUCCCAGAAGGGUCCUCUGCUCAUUUGGACCAUCUCAGGACCAGAUAGUGGCGUGUCUGUACACAAAGAAGCCCAUAGUUUUGUGUCUGACAUUUGCAUAUUUAGGUGGCACACCCAAAAGAAAGGAAAGGUUGCAUUUGGCCAUAUUGAUGGAAGCAUAUCUAUUUUUCAGCCUGGUAGGAAAAAUCAGAAACACGUUCUGAGACCUGAAUCUCUUGAAGGAACAGAUGAGGAGGACCCAGUUACAGCCCUGGAGUGGGACCCGCUGUCCACGGACUAUCUUCUGGUGGCUAAUUUGCAUUAUGGCAUUCGUCUACUGGAUUCUGAAUCCCUUUACUGCAUCACGACGUUUAACUUUCCCAGUGCUGCGGUGUCUGUGCAAUGCUUAGCCUGGGUGCCCAGUGCUCCAGGAAUGUUUAUAACUGGAGAUUCUCAAGUGGGUGUUUUACGCAUUUGGAAUGUUUCGAGAACAACACCUAUCGAUAAUUUUAAAUUAAAGAAAACGGGAUUUCACUGCUUACAUGUAGUUAAUUCUCCUCCAAAGAAGAAAUUUUCAGUCCAGUCUCCAAACAAAAAUCAUUAUACAUCUUCAACAAGCGAAGCAGUUCCACCCCCGAAUUUGACACAGAAUCAAGCAUUUUCUCUUCCUCCUGGUCAUGUUGUGUGCUGUUUCCUGGAUGGUGGAGUUGGGCUUUAUGACAUGGGAGCCAAGAAGUGGGAUUUUCUUAGAGAACUGGGACACGUGGAAACUAUAUUUGACUGCAAAUUCAAACCUGAUGAUCCAAAUCUCUUAGCAACAGCUUCAUUCGAUGGCACUAUAAAGGUGUGGGAUAUAAACACAUUAACAGCAGUGUACACUUCUCCGGGUAAUGAAGGGGUCAUUUUUGCACUUUCAUGGGCUCCAGGUGAUUUAAAUUGCAUUGCUGGUGCAACCUCCCGAAAUGGUGCUUUUAUUUGGGAUAUUCAAAAGAGCAAAGUGAUACAGCGAUUUAAUGAGCAUGGAAAAAAUGGAAUAUUCUAUAUUGCCUGGAGUCAUAAAGAUUCUAAACGAAUAGCAACCUGCAGUGGGGAUGGAUUUUGCAUCAUUCGAACAGUUGAUGGCAAACUACUGCACAAGUACAAACACCCCGCUGCAGUGUUCGGCUGUGAUUGGAGCGAAAACAACAAAGACAUGAUAGCCACCGGCUGUGAAGACAAAAAUGUCCGUGUUUUUUAUGUAGCCACCAGCUCUAAUCAACCUUUGAAAGUAUUUAGUGGGCACACAGCAAGAGUGUUCCAUGUUAAGUGGUCUCCUCUGAGGGAAGGUAUUCUUUGCAGUGGUUCUGACGAUGGGUCCGUGCGAAUCUGGGAUUAUACUCAAGAUGCUUGCAUAAGCAUUCUGAACGGGCACACUGCACCUGUGAGGGGAUUAAUGUGGAAUACUGAGAUUCCAUACCUACUAAUAUCUGGAAGCUGGGAUUAUACUAUCAAAGUAUGGGACACUAGAGGAGGAGUUUGCCUUGAUACUGUAUAUGAUCACGGUGCAGACGUAUAUGGUUUAACUUGCCAUCCAAGUCGUCCCUUCACGAUGGCUUCCUGCUCCCGAGAUUCUACUGUGAGACUCUGGUCAUUAAUACCUUUAAUCACCCCUUUACAAAUAAAUAUUCUGGCAGACAGAUCUUGGGACGAAAUUAUCGGGAACACUGAUAACGCGAUACAACAAGACUCUCCUCCUCUACUGUGUGGCAAAGUGUCAAGAGACAUUAAACAAGAAGUAGAAAAACUAACAUGCAACCCUCGGGUGAAAAAACUAAGGCUGUUUUCAGAAUGUUUAUCACCUCCAGGUGGCAGUGACAAUUUGUGGAACUUGGUGGCUGUGAUCGAAGGACAAGAUGACAGCUUGCUUCCUCAGAACUACUGCAAAGGAAUGAUGCAUCAGAAACACCUGAUCAAAUUUAGAACAUCAGAAGCCCAAGAACUAACAACAUUCAAGAUGUCUAAAUUUGGUGGUGGCAUUGGUGCACCUUCUAAGGAGAAAAAACUGAAGGAAGCAGCUGAAAUCCACCUGAGAUUAGGACACAUUCAGAGAUACUGUGAACUCAUGGUCGAACUUGGAGAGUGGGACAAAGCCCUAUCAGUUGCACCUGGUGUCUCUGUGAAAUACUGGAAAAAGUUAAUGCAGAGGAGAGCUGACCAAUUAAUUCAGGAAGAUAAGGAUGAUGUCAUUCCAUACUGUAUAGCCACUGGUGAUGUGAAAAAGCUCGUCAACUUUUUUGUGUCCAGGGGUCAGCUUAAAGAAGCACUGCUUGUUGCACAGGCUGCCUGUGAAGGAAAUAUGCAAAACUUACAUGUUUCUACACCACCCAAAGGAGCUUCAAAUUACGAUGAUACCUACAAAGAAGACUUUAAUGAACUCUUACACAAAGUCAUAAAUGAGCUGGCAGAAUGGUAUUUUCAGGACGGCCGAGCAGUGUUGGCUGCGUGCUGCCAUCUUGCUGUAGAUGAUAUUGAGCUUGCUAUGGCAUACCUGAUCCGUGGGAAUGAACUAGAGCUGGCCGUCUCAGUAGGCACUGUCCUAGGAGAACCUGCAGCCCCAGCAACCCAUUAUGCCCUGCAGUUACUGGCAAGAAAAUGCAUGAUGAUUCCAAUGUGGAACUUGGCAGCGGAUCUUCUCCUGAUGACUCCUGAUAGCGAAGGACAUUUAGUAAAACUCUGUGCCUUCUACCCUGGGUGCGCCGAAGAAAUAAAUGACCUUCACAGGAAGUGCAAUCUACCCCCAGCAGAAGAAUGCAUUCAGUUGGCUGAAACAGCCCGGGCAGAUGGCAAUGUAUUUGAAACUAUAAAGUAUUAUUUACUAAGCCAGGAACCUGAGAAGGCUCUUCCUAUUGGCAUUGACUUUGUCAAAGGAUGUAUCAGUAACUCAAACUGGACUCUAGAUACUGUUCACCCUGUGCUUGACCUAAUGAGCUAUAUCCGUACUGAAAAAUUACUCUUACAUACGUGCACUGAGGCUCGAAAUGAAUUACUUAUAUUAUGUGGUUACAUUGGUGCCUUACUGGCGAUCAGGAGAGAGUACCAAAACAUUGUUCCAGCACUUUAUGAGUACACGAGUCAGCUAUUAAAACACCGAGUGGUGUCCGUACCUUUAAAAAUUGAGCAUCUCUCUGAGGAACUGGAUGCAUGGAAAGCUUGCACACAGUCUGCCAAACAAUCGUCAGAAGAUUCUUCAUGUACACCCCCUUCUGAUUCACAAAGAACAAUUUAUGACACUUUAUUAAAGAGAAUGAAAGAAGAUCCACUUAAAGGAAUUACUGGACCAGAUUAUGUGACUGGAUCAAAUCUUCCAAGCCAUUCAGACAUUCACAUCUCUUGUCUAACUGGACUAAAAAUCCAGGGUCCUGUGUAUUUCUUGGAAGAUGGGAAAUCGGCUAUUUCUUUGAAUGAUGCUCUGAUGUGGGCAAAGGUGAAUCCAUUCUCGCCUUUAGGAACUGGAAUACGACUCAAUCCAUUUUGACUGAAGAUUUUUCUCCAGACUUAGUAGUUUUGUAAAAAGGAAAUUUGGGGUAUUUAUAACCUUCAUUUAGGUUGUCUAAGAAUAAUAGGUUGGGAGGUGGUUUGAUAUUUGGAGGACAUGAGGGAAUAAUAUAAAAUUUUGUUAAUUUCAAAAAUAAAGUAUUUAUAUAAUUCUAAAACUUAUAUAAAUUUUUCUCAUUGGUAAAUAGUAUUAUUUACAUUUAAAGGGAAGUUUUAAAUUGAAUUACAAAGACUAAAUAAUCUGCAAAGCAGAUAGGCUUCAAGAGACAUGGAUAUCAACAAAAUACCAUAUUGUUAAAACUGUGAAACACAUAAAAUAGGACAUUAUAUGGAUGAGUUUUUGACAUAUAUACUCAUAUAGAAGUAUUUAAUGAAUAUUUAAAUAUCUUGAAAUAACAAAAUGAAUGGAAUAGACAGAAAAUUUGCAAUUCAACAAUCUCUCACAUAACCCUUUAUAAAAAUUAGUUUCAAAUAAAUUUUUGUUUGUAAAUAGGA